AUGAAGGCAGCGGAGGCCGAUUGGCAGAAGCGUCGCAAGGAUAUCAAAAAUGGCCUGAAGAAAAGUGUCGUCGAUGUCUUGGAGGAACGGGGACUCUUGCAUCAGAUCGUUGGUACGCGUGAAGAUCUGAAGAAGCUACUCGACUCCCGCCGGGUGGGUGUCUACUGCGGUGUCGACCCGACUGCCCCCAGUCUACAUGUCGGCCACAUGAUCCCGUUUAUGGCACUCUCCUGGAUGUAUGUCCACGGCUACAGCGUAACUUUUCUUCUCGGAGGCGCGACUGGCAGGAUCGGAGACCCAGAAGGUAGGCUUAGCGCUCGACCCACCAUGGGGAAGCUCGAGCAUAGUGCAAAUGUUGCGAUCAUGCACACACAGCUCAAGCGGUUUGGGGAGCUGAUGGAACGCUAUGCGGGGCGGAGGGGUUGGACGCACGAGUGGGCAUGGCGAAGAUCUCUGGUCAAUAACUCGCGCUGGUACGAGAAGUUGACCUGGCGCGAGAUGCUGAUCACAAUGGGACGGUAUGUCCGCAUAGGUCCCAUGCUUGGACGGGAUAGUGUCAAGAACCGACUCGAACACGGUGACGGCAUGAGCUUUGCUGAAUUUGCCUAUCCACUUAUGCAAGGAUGGGACUGGUGGCAGAUGUUCAAGACCGGUACGCAGGUCCAGAUUGGUGGUGCAGAUCAAUUCGGCAACAUUCUUCAGGGCGCGGAAGCGGUCAAAUUGACGGCGAAGAAAGAUGUCCCUUGGAUGGAGAAGAUGGAUAAGCUGUUCAAAGAGGAACCAGAGCGCAAUCAGGAUGACGUGACGGAGUGGCCCAUGGGAUUUACAACGCCGCUGUUGACCACAACGAGUGGUGAGAAAUUCGGCAAGAGCGCAGGUAACGCUGUUUGGCUCAAUGAAGACAUGACGAGUCAUUUUGACCUCUAUCAGUUCUGGCUUCGUACAGCAGACGCCGACGUCGAAAAGUAUCUGAAGAUGUUCACCUUCCUGCCGAUCCCAGAGAUCGAAGCUGUCAUGGUCGAACACCGGCAGAACGAGUCGAAACGAGUUGCACAACACAAACUUGCCAAGGAAUUUGUCGAGUUGAUCCAUGGUCUUGAAGCGUCCCAGGUUGCAGAAAGUCAACAUCGAAACUUAUUCAACAAGAACAUGACGAUGGCCCAGCUGGUAGAGCAGUCUGAGCAGAGACAAGCGAAGAUCGAGCCGCACCCAUCGGUGAGCACAAAUGGGCCACCUCAAGAUAUUGAGAAGUACGGAAGGACAAAGAUGGUGCUCCCACGGUCUGCGGUCAUUGGCCGGCCAAUGUCGAACGUCCUUUGGUCAGCAGGUUUCGCUCAAUCCAAGAGCGAGGCUCAGCGCUUGAUCAAUGCAAAAGGCGCAUAUAUUGCAGGCCGCAAAGAAGCCAAAGGUGAGGAGACUGGUCCUGGCGACUCUCUGGCGUACGUCCCGAUCACAAGCCCGCUCUACGACGCGUGGAAGCAUUUCGUGAUUGACGAGCGUCUCUUCGUACUGCGAAGUGGCAAAUGGCGGAUCAAGGUCAUCGAGAUCAUACCGGAUGCCGAAUUCAUCGCACGGGGCCUGAAAUGCCCAGGAUUCGACGGUACAGCAGCAGCACUUAAAGACGAGCAGGCACAUCUAUCUCCAGCGAAUCCGAAAGAUGAUCAACGCAGACGCAGCACAGAUCUGACCAGCAUUGAGCGGACACCAGACCAGGAAGGGUGGACUGGUGUCGGAUCUCCAGGAACAGGCGGUAGGAAACGUCAAAAAGUUGAACAGUUCUUGCGAGACACGGGCAAGUUGCCAGUACGCCUGAAGCUGCGAUCAAGGCGCUGGGGGAGCCCGGGAGAGGACGAUCGGGCGUGA